CACCCAUGCCCCAAGACCAGAAUCCAUUUGAUCGCAGCACUACCCCCAUUCCACACCAUCACACUUAUUAGGCAGCUGGUGCCAUACGCAUUAUUGUGUGACUUGUGUGUGUAGUGGAAGCUCCUCUUCUUCCUCCUCCUCCCCCGUCGCCGUCCCGCAACCAGAACCCACGAAAAUAUCUUAAAGAAAACAACCGCAUAUAUGAGUGUUCCUUUAAAGGUAAGGAGCAAGAGCGGGAGAAGUGGGGGCAAAGGGAAGAGAAGGGCAGAGGGAAGAGCAAUGGCUCAGGAGAAGACUGUGGGGUUGCUCUUCCUAGUCGCCCGUAGAGUGGUCGUGGACGUGCUCAGCUUCCUGGUAUUCUUCCUACUCGAUCUUCUCGACACCAUUCUCUGUUACCUCUUCAAGGUCGUCGACUUCUUCGUCGAGAACGAAUGGACGCCCUGUUACUGCUCCUCCGGCAGCGACGCCAUCAUCAGCAGCGGCAACAUCAUGGUAUCCGAGCAAGGGCGAAUGAAGAUCGUCUGCAUCUCUGCGGACAAGCUCCAGCUCGAGGAUAUCUCCGACACUCUCUACUCGCGGCCGUCCAUCUUCUCGGAGAUCUCCGGGUGGACGGCGGCGCGGGUGAGGCAGAUCAAGGGGAUGGAGGAGGCCGGGAGAUCGAACAAGGCACCUUCACGUGACCGGCGCCGGAACGGCAUGCUCAGGUCCAGAUACCGGAUCAACUCCACCAUUGUUGAGAUGCUACAGGGGAAGAUUGGGCGUCAGAUGGAUCGCCUUCUCCCUCGCUGGUCCGACUGCUACUGCUCCAAGUGCACUUCCUGGGUCACCUCUCCCAAGCAGUCUCUCUACGUCCGUGCCAAUGGUCUCAAAGAGCCCAAGGAAAAGGAGGUCACAGACGUUCUCUUCAUCCAUGGCUUCGUGUCCUCCUCCGUGUUCUGGACCGAGACCCUAUUCCCAAACUUCUCCGACGACGCGAAGUCGAGGUACAGGUUCCUGGCCAUCGACCUUCUCGGGUUCGGGAGGAGCCCCAAGCCGGCCGACUCGCUCUACACGCUCAGCGAGCACGUUGACAUGAUUGAGCGCAGCGUUCUGAAUCCCUAUAACGUAAAGUCGUUUCACAUAGUGGCGCACUCGCUGGGCUGCAUCAUAGCCAUAGCCCUCGCCGUUAGACACCCCAACUCUGUGAAGUCUCUCACCUUGCUCUCGCCGCCAUAUUUUCCGGUGCCGGAAGGAGAGAAUGGCAGCCAGUACGUGCUGAGGCAGGUGGCCCCCAGGCGAGUGUGGCCUCUCAUGGCAUUUGGUUCGUCGGUGGCUGCUUGGUAUGAACACAUCAGUCGGAUUUGGUGCCUGGUGGUUUGUAAGAACCAUCGUCUCCUGGACUUCCUCGUCAGGCUGAUCACCAGAAACAGGAUUCGAACGUACUUGGUGGAGGGGUUCUUCUGCCACACCCACCAUGGGGCCUGGCACACGCUCCACAACAUCAUCUGCGGGACGGCGAGCAAGAUGGACGACUAUCUGGAGCAGGUGGCGCGGCUCAGCUGUCAGGUCACCGUCCUCCAUGGGGCGGACGACGAGCUGCUGCCCGUCGACUGCAGCUUCGCCGUCCGGUCGAAGAUCCCGAGGGCGAGGGUGAAGGUGAUCGAGAAGAAGGACCACCUGACCAUAGUGGUGGGCAGGCAGAAGGCGUUCGCCAGGGAGCUGGAGGAGAUAUGGAAGCCGUGUUCAUGAUAAGGAGUUGCUUCGAGAUGUGUGUCGUAGUGCUGCAGACGUGAUGUGAUGUGAUGUGAUGUUAUGUUAUGUGAGUCUUGAUAUGUGAAAAAGCAAGCAGGAGCAGGAAGAGAAAAAAAAAAACAAAAAACCAAAAAACUCUACCUUAUAAGUUAUUAAAGACCCACAAGGGAGAGUCUACAAAUGGCAAAUAAUAAUCCACAGCCACAACCACAUGUAAUCCUCCACCGCCACCAUCGUACGUAUAUUAAUUCUUCACCCUCUCUUUCCAUGCUUGUGCAAUUAAUAUUCCUUCUUAAAUUGGCCUGUGGUUCUUAUAAUAAUUCUUCACACUA